GGGCGGGGUGAGAAGCCAGUGUGCAGUAAGAGGUAACCAGGAGUGUUAGUGGCGCUUGUCCAGUGCUGUGGUUCACGUUUUGGUUCUAGAGGCCGAGACUAUCCUGGCGAUAACGUUCAUCGCUGGGAAGGCUUCGACUCUCCAAGGAGUGGUUGAGUACAGUCCGGAGGACAGGCUUCUGAUCAGCCCAGGUACCUGAAAGGUGAACGCCAGAGAGGCAGAAGUUGAGACAAGCGGAAUACACUGAGCUGGGAGCUUUACAAGAUUCUACCAUAAUGAAUGGAUCCAGUGUGGCAAGUACAUCACCCAGUGUAAAAUCCAAAGAAGACCAAGGGUUAAAUGGGCAUGAUGAAAAGGAAAACCCAUUUGCAGAGUACAUGUGGAUGGAGAAUGAAGAGGAUUUCAACAGGCAGGUGGAAGAGGAGCUACAGGAACAAGACUUCUUGGACCGCUGCUUCCAAGAGAUGCUUGAUGAGGAAGACCAAGACUGGUUCAUUCCAGCUCGAGACCUUCCUCAGGCCAUGGGACAGUUGCAGCAGCAGCUAAAUGGAUUGUCAGUCAGUGACAGCCAUGAGUCUGAAGAUAUUUUGAGCAAAAGUAACCUGAAUCCAGAUGCCAAGGAGUUUAUUCCAGGAGUGAAGUACUGAGCUGGCAGAAGCUUUGAGAGGACUUAUCUGUCCCCACAUCUGGGGACAGUGAUGCACAAAACUGAAGGGGGUGGGUGGGUGGGAAAGGGUGCACAGCUGGGAAAGGGAAUAGCGGUUUAACUGGAUACUGUGAUCCUGAGUAACUCAUGUACUCAGUCUUACUCUACAAGCCUUUGAGUAUUUCUCUUUUGUUCUACUGAUUUUUGUUUGGAGCAGUUUCCUAUUUUACUGUGUCUUUCGAGUUAAGGGAAUUGCGAUUGAUUUUCCUUUGUCAGGAGUAGUCUGUUGUCUGUGUUUAAGCAAAAUAAGCUGACCAAGGAAAACUGGGUAUUUAAGAAAUACCCUUCUUAUCCUACUGUAUACCUACCAGGAACAAGAAACACCCGAAGAGCUACUUUUGGAGUCCGUUAAGCUUGACGGUGAGAGGGACAAGUGGAAGAAACAAGUGGUGUAAAUAAGAAUAUGAAGCCCAGCUCCCUCAGGAGUUUCCACAGUGAACUGGGAUUAAACAGCCCACUGAGCUGGUAUCUGCCUGCUCUGAACCCCAUUUAAGAAAACACAGACUUUACAGUUACCUUAGAGUUCUUGGUUUAUGGUACCUUUUGUUGAUUGAUGAAAGUUGUAUAUCAAAAUGGGAGGGCUAUGAUGGUGAUUAUCAUGUGAAUCAUUUAGAUGCUCUUGUCCUCUAUUGUUAAGCCACAGUUUAUAGCUACCAUCAGAUUUAUCAUUUACAAAAUGAAAGAGACAUUAGAGUUUAUUUGCCACAUUGACCCUCACAGUGUCUUUUCUGUCUCAUUUCCACCCAGCUGUACUCUUUCUGCCAAAAUCAGAGAGGUUUUCUGUUCUAGCUAAGGCCAGGAGAAAUCAUCUGUAAUCCUGUUGUGUCUUAAAUUUAUUUGGACAUUUUUUUUUCCCCGACCAGGUAGUUCUUCUGGUAUCUUAAUUCCCUCAGAAAUGUUCCUGUGCUUGUUCAAGGACAGAGAGAGACAGGCAAACACAUAGACAUAAGCAGACUCAAUUUACUAUUCAGAUGCUUCUCCCUACCCUACAGAAUUUUGUGAGGUAACUCAGAAACAAUCUGGGAGUCCUGCUUGAUCCACAUGACAAGGUACGAGACCCUCUGGGAUAUUUAAAGUUGUCCAUAUCAAGUGCUACUGUUCACACACACCCAGCUUCUCCAGUUCCUUAAGUUGACUCUUGAUGUGCUUCUUUUGUCUUUCCUGCCUGUUACUAAUUCACUGGGGUUUCCAUAGCAGGUCUUUGGUUCCAAGGAGAGCACCACAAGACAAACUGAAGAAUACUCAGGAUGCACAGAAUUCAGUAUCAUACUGCAGAAGCUUGGUUACUUUUUCCCAUAAUGCUUCCCAACUUCCGGUAAAGACAUGCAACUGUUAACAAACCUAAAGUUUUCAUUUUACAUUUAAGUACAUUAAUCUUUCCCUUGCUUUGGGAAUAACAUUUGCCUUUGGGGUGGUCUCUUUCCACAAAAUUCAGGACAAGGAAACAGUAUAUCACAGAACAAUUUAAACACAAAUGAUGAUACAUAGGACUGAUUUGAGAGCUUUUUUUUUUUAAAUUCCUUUUUCUUUUGUAACUGAGCUGGGUAAUGUGCGCACAGGAAUUUAAAUUUUGUUUUUGAGAUUUCAUAUUAUUUAUUGUUCAUUGACAAGCUUGGUCAAAGCCAUUUAAAAUAAAUCUGUGCAGGG